UCUCCUAUUGGGUUCUGGAAUUCUGGUUAUACCUUUUAAUUCGCCUGACGCUUUAUUUCUUGUGCAAUGAUAUCCUCCACUCCCUAAAUCUCUCACACUCGUAUACUCCAUUUGUGCAAGUGCAACACACGCUAGAGGCAUGCACGAUCAAAAACCCUCCCACAUUUGGAUUCAGCUUAACGUUACCGUUUUUUUGAAGUGAGUAGCUCAACUCAGAAAAUAAUUCAGCUGAAAUUUGAGAGGUUGUGAAGCAAGAAGGUAAGAAGAAGAAGAAGAUGGUGAUAAGCAAGGAAAAAAAUGCUGAAGACUGGUGCUUCGUUUGCAAAGAUGGUGGUGAUCUUAUCAUAUGUGAUUUCCAGGGUUGUGUAAAAUCUUAUCACCCUGAUUGCGUGGAGAAGGAUGACUCGUAUUUUGAAAGUGAAACCCACUGGACUUGUGCUUGGCAUACUUGCUUCAUUUGCGAUAAGACUUCCAACCUUCACUGUUAUACCUGCACAAGUGCUGUUUGCAGUCGCACUCGCUGCCUUCGCCGUGCAGAAAUUUUCCCAGUUAAAGGGCAAUAUGGGUUUUGCCAGCCCUGCUUAGAACUUGCUUUACUUAUUGAAGAUGGAAAGGAUUGUGACUCUGACGGGGAGAUGGUGGACUUUGAAGAUUUGGAGACGGUUGAGGGUUUAUUUAGUGAAUAUUAUAAAAUAAUCAAGAAAGAAGAAGGCUUUGAGCCUCAGAAUCUUUAUGCUGCAAAAGAUGGGGUGAAAACUACAAAAAUACCCAAAUAUAGCUCAGAAGAUAAUUGUGAAGAAGAUGAAAUAUCUGAUUGUGAUGAUGAUGCAGAGCAUGUAAAAAAAUACAGAUCUGGGAGAAAGAAGUUUGGGAUGCAGGCACCCAUGAAAUUAAGUAAAAAUGAUUUUAUUGGCUGGGGCUCAAGAGCCCUUAUUGACUUUCUCAGUUCAAUUGGUAAAAGCACUGAUGAACAAUUAUCUCGGAGUGAUGUGACUUCAAUUGUGAAUGCGUAUGUAAAAGAAAGUAACUUAAUUCAUCCAGUGAAAAGGAAGAUGAUAUUGUGUGAUGCUCGUCUAGAGUCUCUUUUCAGAAAGAAAACAAUAGUUAAGAAUAAAGUGCAUGAGCUGUUGUGGGACCAUUUUGCAGAGAACCAUGAUGAAUCAGAAGAAGGUGAGAUGGGAUAUGAUUCAGAGGAUGAUAAUGCAGGCAUUUCGGAAGUAUGUAAAAAACAAAAAAAGUUGAACUCAGAGAACAAAUCCCUGGAAAAAGAGCUAGCCGAUGAUGUGCCACUGAGUUGUUUUGCAUCCAUUGUCGUCGAAAAUGUGAAACUUGUUUACUUGAGGAGGAGCUUGCUACUUGAACUGCUGAAGCAGCCUACAUUGUUUGAAGAAAAGGUUGUUGGAUGCUUCAUUCGUGUUAAGUCUGAUCCUUAUCAUAAACAUUCAAGGAAUUCUUAUCAACUAAUGCAAGUUAGAGGCGUAAAAAGACUUCCAAUAUGUGAAAAUAGUGUGAAGGCAGAGGCCAUCCUUCUAAUUUCAGCUACGCAUAAAGAAAUUAGUAUGAGUCAGCUUUCAGAUGAUGAUUUCACUGAGGAAGAAUGUGAAGACUUGAGACGAAAAGUAUUAGCAGGUCAGCUUGAAAGGCCUACAGUGGAGGAUCUUCAAAUGAAAGCCAAUAUUCUUCAUGAGGAUCUAACCAAGCAUUCAAUAGCUAGAGAGUUGCCCUUGUUGCAAAAUCUCAUUGAUCGAGCCAAUGAGAAAGGAUGGAGACGUGAACUUUUUGAGUACCUGAAGAAGAAAAGGAGUCUACAGACUCCAUCAGAAGUAUCAAAAAUGAUAGAAAAUGUUCCUAAAGUGAUUCCUGAUCGACUCGAGCUUCAUCCCAUUUCCGAUGAUAUUGUCAAUGACAUAAGCAUUGAUAAAGAGUCUCCUAAAUCAAUCCUCCGUUGUAAUUCCUCUGUUACUAUGCAAGAUGACAAAGAAUCAGGAGAGAAGACUCCUCGUCAUUGCAAUGCAUCUCCUCCAGCAAGAAACCAAACCAUAUUCAUAGGGUCUGACUCCGAACCCAAGGAAGACGACAUAACCAUCAGAAAGGCAUCUCAACCCACUGCUGAGCCAAGAAAACAUAAACUGGAGGGAGAAGAAUUGGGUAUGUGCUCCCAUGAGCCGGCAACAAGAAGCAGCAGCCACAUGGCUGCAGGCACGGCUGUUGUUGAGGUGAUCAGCGAUGAUGUAAGCUCAGAUGAGGGUGAGACCACCACAGUUGUUCACAAAGAUGAAAAUUCUGAUGACUAGUAUGCAUUGAAAUUCUAGGUUGGAAGGAAGGUGAGAAUGAAGAUAGUGUAGUUUUUGGUUGUGCGAGGCCUUUGUAAAGAAAAUAGCACUCUGACUAACACUUUCGCCUUUUGUCUUUUGUCUCUUAGUACAUGAACAACUUUGUGUGAAUAGUGUAGGAUGGAUUUAGCUCCCUUCUAACUUGGUAUGUUAUGAUCGUCUAAUGUUGGUUUUUGGAAUGGAAAACUUAGUUUUCAUGCUA